AAAAGAAGAAAGCGUGCUACAGCAGCAGUUAAAUAGGGCAAUGAAGAAGAAUUAACAUGACGUUGUUAGCUAAUUUCUAGCGAAGGCGGUCUGCGAAACUGCGUCGAUCAAUAGAGAAUGUAGUUGGUUGGCACUAGACACUUGCAGAGGGGUUACGAGCACUUCUUGGAAGAGGGGUCCUCGUAUAAUAGGAGAUAGAAUUUGAUUGGUUAAUAAACCACACAGAAUUCAACAUGGCUUACGUUACUUAUUGGCCGUAAAUUCGUAGCAAUCAAUAUCUGAAUUUAAUUAAUCUAUUUUUCUGUAUGUGUUUGGUGUUUGCUUUCAAUUUGUUCACUGUAUGUUCUUCAUUAAAAUUUAUCAGCAAACAAAGCAAAUAAACAAAGGAUGAAGUUAUUUUCGUGGGGGUCAAACAGCCAUGGGCAACUGGCUCAAGGGCAGCCAGAUGAUCUCAAUGUCCCUACUGAAAUUGUACAAAACACUUGUUCAUUUGAAGACAUUUCAUCUAUUACUGGAGGUGGUGGUCAUUCUUUACUAGUCUCCAAGAAUGGAAUUGUAUAUUCUUCUGGUGCCAUUGGUAAGGAAGAAUGUUGUCAAGAUGACAAAAUGCAUAAUACAUUCCUUAAAGUCAGUGGCCUUUCAUCUUAUAAAAUAACACAAGUUACAGCUGGCUGGGACUUCUCUAUAGCACUUACAGAUGAAGGUCGUGUAUUCACAUGGGGAUCUAACACUUUUGGUCAGCUUGGAGUCACUGGUACUCUUAAGUCACUUCUCCCAGUUGAAAUAUCCAUCAACGCAGAAGACAGUGAUAGUGAGAGAGACAGAUCAUGUAUGGUUACCCACAUUGUGGCAGGAAUGAGGCACAGCAUGGCUUUGACAAUUUCAGGUGAUGUUUUCGUUUGGGGUGCUGGAAGAAGAGGUCAACUGGGACUUAAAAACUCUGAGAAACUACCAACCAAACAAGAGAAGCCAAAAAAAUUGAAUAGCAUCUCUGGUGUACAGUCUUUGGUUGCUGGAGCUUUUCACAGUGGAGCUUUAUUAAAAGAUGGCAGCAUUUGUGUUUGGGGCUGUAAUAAAUAUGGCCAAAGUACAAACAUGGAAGUGAAGAUGUUAACAGAACCUUAUAAAAUUUCUUCCUGCCAAUUCCCACUAAGUGAAAAUGAUAUUAUCCAAGAAUUACAUAGUGGUUGGUCUCAUUUCCUAGUUUUGACAGAAAGACACCAAGUAAUUAGUUGGGGCCGUUGUGACUAUGGACAAUUAGGUAGGCCUACAGAUCUUACAUACAAAAACUGUGAUCCAAAACCUUACAUUGUGGAAGAUCUAGGCUUAAAAGUUAAACAGUUAUGCUGUGGAGCAGAACACAACUUAGCACUUUUAGAAUGUGGCUCGUUAGUUUGUUGGGGAUGGAACGAACAUGGCAUGUGUGGUAAUGGAAAUGAAAUCAAUCAACUGAGACCCACCAAAGUACAACUUCCUGAAAAACCUUCCAUCCUUUUGACUGGAGCUGGUACUGGACACUCUUUUGCUCUUUGUUCAAAUUAACAUUUCAGUCAAUAUUUACAAAUUUCCCAAAAAUGUUAAGGAGUUAAUAUGAAAAACUUUUGUACACUGAGAGAGAAACUUUGUGUUAAAAGAAAGACAAGUAAUAAAUAGGUAUAAAGCCAAUUUAUUACACGAUAAAGUUGAUAUAUUUUUUUUAAACAAUGCUGGCAACAAGGCUGACUGAUAGUAAAAUAUAUAAGCAAUAAAGCAACUUUUCAUUUC